AUGGCGCUGGGUCGACCUGUGCACACGCUCCGCUCAGAAGGCGGUGUGGCCCCUUUAAGAGACGCGCGCCGUGGCCGCGCGCAUGCGCGCAGGGAGCUGACGCCGCGCGCGCCCGCGUGUGAGGGCGGCCAAGAUGGCGGCGGCCUGAGGGCAGCGAUGGCGGGGCUGGCGCGGCGCCUGCUCUGCAGGGGCUUCUGCGUGUCGGCGGAGCCACCGAGCACCCGCCAGCUGCGGGAGGCUGAGGAGGCUGCCCCGGUGUUCCAAUACGCGGGGAAGGCGGCCAGGCGCAAGGACCGCGUGUUCGUGUGGGGAUUCAGCUACUCGGGCGCCCUGGGCAUCCCCAGCUUCGUGAAGCCGGACGCGGGCUGGAAGAAGCCGCGGCGCAUCCAGCCCACGCCGUACCGCCUGGAGACCGAGGACAAGAUAUCUUCUGCUGCCUGUGGUUAUGGAUUCACACUGCUGGCUUCCAAUACCAGAGACAUCACCAAAGUGUGGGGCAUGGGGCUCAACAAGGAUUCCCAGCUUGGAUUCCAGAGGAGCAGAAGAGAUCAAACUAAGGGCUAUGAAUAUGUCCUGGAACCAUCUCCAAUUCCAUUACCACUGGAGAAACCCCAGCAAACUCGAGUCUUGCAGGUGUCCUGUGGGAGAGCCCAUUCCCUGGUCCUGACAGAUAGUGAAGGAGUUUUCACAAUGGGAAACAAUUCUUAUGGCCAGUGUGGCCGGAAGGUUGUUGAAGAUGAAAUUUACAGUGGAAGCCAUGUCAUUCAUCAGCUGAAGGAGUUUGACAGCAAAGUUGUCCAGGUUGUGUGUGGGCAGGACCACAGUCUGUUUAGAACCAAGAAAGGUUCAGUCUAUGCAUGUGGAUGGGGAGCUGAUGGACAAACAGGUCUUGGACACUAUAAGAUCACCAGUGUUCCUACUAAGCUGCAUGGUGACAUUGCUGGAGUGAACAUUAUCCAGGUCUCUUCCUAUGGGGACUGCUGUCUGGCUGUUUCAGAUGAAGGAGAUGUCUUUGGCUGGGGAAAUUCAGAAUACUUGCAGCUGGCCUCUGUCACAGAAACCACACAGGUGAAUGUUCCCAGGCAUUUGCCAUUCAAGAUUGGGAAGGUGAAGGAGGCUGCCUGUGGAGGGACUGGCAACAUUGUGCUAACAGAAGAAGGAAAUGUUUUUGUCUGGGGAUAUGGAAUUCUUGGGAAAGGACCAAACCUAACAGAGACAGCAGAGCCAGAGAUGAUCCCACCCAGCCUUUUUGGCUGGUCAGACUUCAGUCCAGACACUCGUGUUGCUCGUGUUCGCUGUGGGCUCAGCCAGUUUGCAGCCCUUACAAACAGAGGAGAACUGUUUGUGUGGGGGAAGAAUCUAAGAGGGUGCCUGGGAACUGGAAGAAUGGAAGACCAGUAUUUCCCAUGGAGGGUGACUGUGCCCGGUGAGGUGGUGGAUGUGGCCUGUGGAGUUGAUCAUAUGGUGAGCAUGGUCAGGUCUUUCACCUAGGGCUGCUGCUGGCUCUCAGCACUGCACCAGGGCCAUGCAGGGACUUGGUGACAAGCUUCUUGGAAAGGAAAACUCAUUUUGUGAAACCAAGUGACUGUGAGCAGAGACAGCCAUAGCAGUGUCUGGGUGUGUUAUCAUCCCUGCAUCUCUGGAAUGCUCUGGCCUGGCUGCAGGAAGGAAGCACAUUCCCUGAGGAGUGUGGGAUGCAAGGAGUGCUUGGCUCCUUCCUGAUGAACUCCCAGAGGAUCUGAGGCCCAGCCCCAAGCUGGUGAGCCCCCUCUGUGCCUGAAGAUGAGGAGUAUCUCCCUUAAGGAAGACUGGCAUGGGAUGAAAUCUACAGCACAGGACAUUGAUAUAUGGACAUUUCCUGUCACCAGCUCUGGAGUGUCAGCAUUGGGCAGAGCCAAACUAUUUCUCAAGGGAAAAGUUGUGUGGUUUUUAAUUACUGUUAUGUGGAAGAGUGGUCAUGCUAGGUCUUGAAGCUGUCCUGGGUGGCCACCCUGAGCUGCAGUGUGCCCAGGCUGUUGUGCUGUGCAGAAAUGGGAUGCACAGCCCCUGCCUGCAGGCAGUGAUGUGUCUCUGGGCUGUUGGAGGCUCUCUGUGGUAGUGCUGAAGACUGAACACCAAAGGAACACCAAGAGUGAGAACCUGUUUGCAGGGGUAAGUGCUAUCCAAGAAGACAGCAGGCUGUCUGUGCUGCAGGAGGACAGAUGGAUGGGGACAGCAGCCAAGCCAGCUUAGUGAGGGAGGCUGGAAACAAAGCCCUGCAGAGUCAGUGCUCAGGCAUGGAUGUGAGCAGUGCUCACUGCCCCUCAGGUACCUUUUUCUCCUUUUGCUGAUCACACAUCACUGCCUUUGAUUUUGUUUGGAUUCCCUGCACCCUUUCUGUUUUCAGAGCUAUGGCUCUCAGUUGCAAUUAGCAGGGGAUUCCAGGAUGGCCUAGCAGGGGAAGGAGUCUUCAUGGGUAAGAAGCAGAGCUUCAUUCCUUGGUGCCUUCGUGGCAGCAAGCUGACAGAGAUGGCUGCAACAGCUGUGUGUUACUGUGGCAGGCACUUCCCAAUCUCACACCCAGCUGUGGGACACUCUCCUGUGCAGCACUCCAAACACCAGGCAGGCAGAGCUGUGUCUUUUCUCUCUAUGUGGGUUACUUCUAGUGUGCAAACUAUUUUGGUGGAAUCCAAGCUGGUAGGUUUUCAAUAAAGUGAUUAUAAAAUCAUUAUCAGUAGUAAUAGGAAUGUUCUUGAGCAUGAUCUGCUCAUGCAUUGAUGGGAUCUGCAUUUGAACUGCAGCAUUUUGGUUCACAGUUGUGUGAGAGGAAGCCACUUCUGCCAGCUGAGCCAGCUCCAUACCUGCAGGAUUUACAGUGCUGUAGUCAGGCAUUGCACCCAUGGCCCGUGGGACACCACAUAUAUUGGCUUCAUUAGAUGAAAUUCUGUACCAAAACUUGCUCUGUAAACUUUACCUUGAUUAAAUAAGUUUUAAAGGGUUUGCAUAAAUUAUAGGAAAGGUGAACCAAAGUACAUGGAAAUAGAGACACAUCUCUUGAGUUGUUGAUGUUCCUGUGUGACAGGUGUUGCUGGGUGGGUGAGGCAGAACAGAAAGCUGCUAUGAAAGUGGCAGACCUUCACUACUCUGAACUCCCAUUUGCUUGGCUUUAAUUUACAUUUACCUGAUUCUGCAUGCAACUUGGGCAACUUGCAGUGCUCAGGCAUGUCUUGUUGGCCUUACAAGAGUAGGUUUGCCCUGUCAGCUUGAGGAGGCUUAUUAAAACAUGGAAAUCAUGGAAAAAACUGGUGAGAAAGGUGUAACAAACAAUUCCCUUCAUGGAUGUUGCUGUUGGGUGGGCUGGUUGGUGCUGGGCUCUCAGCUGCUCUCACUCCCAGCUGUUUCCCAAUGCACCUUGGGGCUGGGCCUUCUGAAGAGCUGGUUUCAGUCCUGGUGUUGCAUUCUUGCUGUGCAAUAAAUUGCAAAUUCUUUGUGUUAA